GUGCGUGAGCGAGAGAAGCACACACCACAUCCAACAUGGCUUGCAUGCAAUUCACGAAUGCCGUGUCGUUCAGGCCAGAGCAACUCUCCGGCGCCGGGACCCGACAUUACCAAACUCUCCCCAGAAGGAAGUCCGUUUCGGUCUCUUUCGCCGGUAUUUCGGCAGAAAUGUCUGCAGCUCAGCCCGGAAAGCCCGAAAUCGAGCUCGAAUUCAUAGGGCCGAAGCCCGGGAACGACGGGUCGUAUCCGGUGGAGAGCGCGAAGGCUAUUAGUGGAGAGAAGUUGCUAAGGGAUGUCAUGUCGGAUAACAAGAUCGAGCUCUACGCCACGUAUGGGAAACUGAUGAACUGUGGAGGUGGAGGAAGCUGUGGGACUUGUAUAGUAGAGAUUAUUGAUGGGAAGGACCUUUUGAAUGAAAGAACAAAUACUGAACUCAAGUAUUUGAAGAAGAAACCCGAAUCUUGGAGACUUGCUUGUCAAACUAUAGUUGGAAAUAAGGAAAAUUCUGGGAAGGUUGUGGUUCAGAGGAUCCCCCAGUGGAAAAAGUAAGAGACCAGAUUAUGAAUUAUGAUCAACAUUUGUCAUAUCAGAUUGUAUCCGGGCUUAUUGAGAUGAGACGAUUGUCUAAAAUUCCAAUUUUUAUGUUCGGCUGUGCGUAGAAUUUUGUACAAAAAAACAACUAUUACGACACAAUAUAACAAACUAAUAAUAAGA